UAUCACUCGCAUACUUCAUGGCGAAAAACAUGCAUUAGCAACCUAACUUUUAAAUUUAGUUAAAAUCGUUAGCUACGAUUAUCUCUGAAAGUUUCCACGGAAAUCGAUAUAGAAAAGUAAAACAAGAAAGGAAAAUUAGUAAAAUAGAAGUACUAUUCUGCAUAAAAAAAAAACAGAUAUAAAACAAAAAAAAACUUCAAACUAACAAUCACAGCAGAUGUUGAGUAGUAGUCGGCACUUGACAAAUAAGCGGGAAAAAUUAAAGAAACUGCCGGCAAAGGCAUAAAUUCACUCUGACGCAGAAUGCCAUCAUGUUCUCGUCAGUAACGAUGUAUCAACGAAUAUUGUCGAGUAAAACAGCGCUUUGUCGAUCUCAUUUGUUAACCUGGUGCCGCAUAACCAAGUUUUCCGAUUCUUCUGCAGCAAAGGACAGCGACGUUACGUCGAACGCGAACGAAUCGCAGAACGAAUCCGCCACAAGCGAUUACGAGGCGAUACCUACAGGUGAGGAUAAUGUUGCUCGCCUGGUGAAAGAAGCCGCCACUUACAGUGACGCCAAGGAUACCAGCUGGUCGACGAGUCCUUAUCCCGCUGGUGUUCCACUCUCUAUAGAAGCCGAAAAAGUCGCGACACCAAAAAUUGACCCUUUGGACACCUGUGUCAUAUUGUUUCCUGGACAAGGCAUCCUCAAGGUCGGCUGGGUGAAAAACUACCUGCGUUUUCCACAAGCCAAAGAAUUAUUUGAGAUAGCCAAUGAGAUUCUUAACUACAAUCUGCUGGACUUAUGCUUAAAAGGUCCUCAAAAUAAAUUGGAUGAAACUCGCUUCAAUCAGCCAGCCACGGUAGUGUUUUCAUUAGCUGCACUGGAGAAACUGCGUGAGGAAAGACCUCGGGUGUUUGAGACUUGCAAAACUGCCGUUGGCUACAGCAUAGGUGAACUGACUUCUUUGAUCUUCUCAGGCGUAUUGUCCUUUGAGGAUGGCCUCAGGUUAGUCUCUGUAAGAGGUGCCGCAAUGGAGUACGCUUCUAGUAAAACACCUCAGGGAAUGCUGUCAGUCUUUUGUACUGCAGAGGCUAAACUAUACCAGGCCUGUGAAGAUGCGAAGAAGUGGGCACUGGAUAUAGGUAUAGACAAUCCAACUUGUCAAGUAGCAAUUUAUUUGUGCACACAAUCGAAGAUAUUGGCUGGGAAUAUAGAGACCCUCGAAUACAUAGAAAAGAAUGGAAAAAAAUACGGUCUGAGAAACUUGACCAGGUUACCUGUGUCAGGAGCGUUCCACACGAAAUUAAUGGAACCUGCGCUCAAAUCCUUCUGCAAGAUGCUCAAUACAUUACAAAUAGACGAACCUAGGUGUCAAAUCUAUUCCAAUUACAAGGGAUGUGCUUACAGCAAUUCAAGAUUGAUUAAGCAGCAUUUGCCAAAACAGAUUAUCUCGCCCGUUAAAUGGGAGCAGAUUAUGCAGCGCGUAUACAGUAGACCUCCAGGUACAGCCUUCCCGCGAACGUUUGACGUAGGAUCGGACGGAAGGAUGAGGACGAUUUUAAAAUUGAUUAAUACAAAAGCCUAUAACCAAUGCAUAGUUGUCUGAUGUUUAUGCAUAUAUUUUUUAAUAAUACAAGAAAGAACAGUACAUUUGAUAAUAGUAUAAUUUUGUAUAUAUACAGUGAAGUUAAUUCUGUACCUAAAAUGCGCAAAAUAAAGAUGAUUACAGUUAUACUGAAA